CACCAAAGAGUUUUAAAGAAGAACAUAGUAAGGAUAUAGAUUGUACUCCAACAGAUCGCAAUUUGGGAUCAUUUCCUGUGUACAAGAGAUCAACACUCAAAGAUCAACAUGAGCAGGACUCAGAUUCCUUUGAGAAAUCCGAGUUGGUGAAAUAUGCAAUGGCUCUGAAAGGCGCUCGUCAUGGAUCACUCAACUUAACAAGAAGAAGAUCACAUAGUUCUUUUUGACAAAUAGCAAUUCCCAUCUGCAAAGGUUUUUUCUCUUCAUCUGUUCAUAUAUAUGAUAUAUAUACAGCUAUUUCACACGCUUCAAAAUUAACCAAUGAAGUACAGUGUAACAUAAUACUGUCAGAAAGACUAGCUAGAAUCAAAUUUUGCAAAAGCCGAAAGCAUCUUCAAUAAGUGAUCAGUCUUUGAGUUACUGGUUCAGUCUACUUGAUGGCAAUAGAGUACUAGAGUUUUUAGUUAGUAUUUGUAAAAUUAGUGGUUCAGCUCUUUAGAAAUAUUAUUGUUGUUGUUUGAUUUGAAAUAUUUUUGCACCAUAUACUGGAAAUAAAGAGCUAGGAAGGAAAAUUUUUACCCAUUUUCUUGUAUAUACUCUGCUCAGCCUGCCUAUGUAUAUGUUGCAUUGAUUAUCAUCAUGAAAGCUUUAUUAGCUAUAUAAAUGAUCAUAUUUCCCACAUUCCUUGUAAAAUCUUCUGUUUUGUAUUAUGUAAUGUUGGAAAUUCCAAUUGCAUACAAUUAUAUUGUAUUAUUAUUAUUAUUAUUUUGUUAGUUGAACACAAAAUUACAAGUCUAAUCUUUAAAAUGUACAGCCACUAAUCCAAGCAUUCAAAUUAUUUUAAUGAAGAAAUAGUUGAUUUAGGUACAUGAUUUUAUUAUUGAAGAAAAAAAAGGUAUAUGAUUUUAUUUGCACACCGAUUUAUCAAUAUAUCAAUAGUUUUGUUUUUACAUCUAUAUAAAAAAUCACGUUUGAUGAUGACAAAAAUGUGUGUGUAAAAUUAAUAAAAUAAAAUAUGUCGAGAUAUAUAUAAAUAAGUACCGUAGUACGGAGAUAGAGACAGACAGCAACUGAGCCUGAGCCUGAGCCUGAGCCUGAGCCUGAGUCCCCAUACCGUUACAACAAUCAGAGUCCUUCUCUUUCUCUCUGAGGAGACUCUUUGUAGGAACUUGCUUUUUGGUUUUUCUCCGAGAAAGCUCUCUGAGUGGGUUCGAAAGAAUAAAAAUGGUGAUACAGCACAUGUUCGGCGUUCCGGUGAAAGUAACAGAGUCAAAGCCAGCACCGCCGGCGGAUAAUCGGAUAUGGUCUCUGUAUGUGGGAGACCUGGACCCACAAGUCACCGAAGCAGACCUCAUGGAUGCAUUUCGUUUAAUUGGUCGCAUUGCCUCUCUGCGUCUCUGCCGCGAUUCUUUCACCGGCGAGUCCCUUCGCUACGCCUACGUCAACUUCUUCACUUCGUUACAUGCAUCCACAGCUUUAACAUUUCUAAAUCACAAAGAGCUGAAGGGACAAUCAAUGAGAAUUAUGUGGUCGCAGAGAUACCCAUUGACAAGAAAAACGGGUAUUGCAAAUCUUUUUGUUAAAAACCUUCACCCAUCCUUCACCAGUGGUCAAUUGCAGUCUAUGUUCUCCAAGUUUGGGAGGAUAUUAUCUUGCAAGGUCGCCUCAGAGAAUGGCAACAGCAAGGGUUUUGGUUUUGUGCAAUUUAAUUCUAAACUAUCUGCUAUGACUGCUCGUAAUGCUCUACAUGGUACACUGCUUAAGGGGAAGAAAAUAUAUGUAUCAAAAUUUGUAAAAAAGAGCGUGAGAACAGUAGCCAAUGAGGAGACUAUGAAGGCUUCACUGCAAGGGCAAAACAAACAAUUAUUUAUAGCCAGGGCUCAGCAGGAGGAGAUUGUCAACUGCCACACUGAAAAGUUGAAGGCUUCAAGCCUGCCCGCAAAGAACUCAACCCAUCCUGUCCACUACUCUUCUUUCUACUCUUUGGGAAAGGUAUUCUUACAUGAUUAUGAAAUCACAGGACCUAAUCAAACAGAGGCAACAAAUCAAUACCGGGAAACAAAGUUUUAAAUCUGAGUCCUCUGUAUGCGGCAACAACUUUGUCCAAGAUACAUAAUUCCUCAGCUGCACAACAUGAGAUGGAUUGAGGCAAAUGCUAGGACCAGUGUAGAUAUGCCUCUGCAUUGCCCUCUGCUUGAACCUUGUAUUUUUCUUUUUUCCAUAUACUUUGCAAAACUAUGGAAAAUACAACACAGUGUAUAAAUCUCAAAUAAGACCACUACUUAUUUUAAGAUUUUUUGUUUUUUUCA